AUGGCUGACGUGUUAGAUAUUGAAAAUUCAGAAGAAUUUGAAGUGGACGAAGAUGGUGAACAGGGUAUUGUCCGCUUGAAGGAAAAGGCGCGUAAACGUAAAGGCCGUGGAUUUGGGUCGGAGGCCGGCGGUGGAAGUUCUGAGAGAGGCAAUAGGGGCAGGUAUGACAGCCUCGCACCAGAAGGUAACGGCAAUACUCCGGGACCACAGAGAUCGGUUGAAGGAUGGAUUCUGUUUGUCAGUAAUGUGCAUGAAGAAGCACAGGAGGAAGAUAUUCAGAACCAAUUCUCAGAGUUUGGCGAGAUUAAGAAUAUCCAUUUAAACCUUGAUAGACGUACGGGAUUCUUGAAAGGCUAUGCCCUAGUUGAGUACGAGACAUACAAACAGGCUGCUAGUGCAAGGGAAGCUUUAGAUGGUACAGAUAUACUUGGUCAAGCAAUUUCUGUGGACUGGUGCUUUGUUAAAGGGCCAACCAAAACUCACAAGAAACGGCGAUAA